GGCUAAAAAGUUGCAAAAGCAAUUGGACAAGGCACAGCUACAGUUGACCGAAUGUAGAUCGCAGAUCCGAGACUUAAAACUUCAACUGUCCGAUGCUGGAGACUGUAAGUUGACUUCGUUGGAAAGAGCGAAGAAAAUCGACGAUCUCGAGAAACGCCUGGUCGAAUCGGAAAUGUUGCGGAUGCGUUUUUCACGAAAAGUUACUGUUCUCAAAGAACAAUUGAAAUCURCCACCGAUUGUCAUAACCAAGACAAAACUCUGAACGAGCACACGAUGCGAGUGCUACAGGACGACCUAUCAUCCCUUAAAUUCCAAUUGAGUGAAGUGAAACGMCGAGAAUGUUCUCUCGAAGAUCUUCGACGGACGGUGAUCAGCCUACUGGCACUGGACUCGUCGUGUACCGAUUACGAGAUCACGUCGAAAAUAACCAAACUGGUGGCCGCCCACCGAGAGUUUUCCAUCCUGUCCAAGAGAUAUGACGACCCAUUGCCGCCUUACGUUCACCACCUGCCACCACCCUCCGAGUCAUCGGACCCGACGACGGUGGAGGACUUUGAGAUCCUGAACAACGCGUACAACAAACGUCCGUUGAGAAAGACCUGAACAACGAAGACUGACCCGUUUCGAAAAGGCUUCGAUKAGUAAAUUCUACUUUGCAGUCUAUACCUAUCCCAUCUGCCCUUAUAUAUAUAUACUUUUAAUAUAAUUUGAAUACAGUGAAACACGCGUGAAAUUAUUGUAAAAUCUUCCACCUCCGCGUGUGUAUACGUUCUACCGUAUUCUAGUAUCACUGUUAUUUGUUAUAGUGUGUAAUGUAUAAUAUCAAAUUAUAAAAAGAAUCCGUUAUGAGUAGGUAUAACUUAAAAAUUGUGGCGUGUAAUAAAAAUUCGUUCUGAAAAAAGAAAAACAUUAAAACUUUAUCGAUAUUUUUAACGUCUUGUAUAAAAUUAUAGAAUAUAGGUGGCUUUGUUCUUAAAUUUGUAGUCUUACAGAUCCGUUAAUCUUUGAUGUUGUGAGUUUUUCACCAUUCUAGAUUAUAUACUAGGUAUUUAACACUUCAUAAUAUUUUCGAUCUACCGCUGAGAAUAGGAUUAAUUUUAAUUUAUGUUUAAUUCAUACUAGCGCAGCUUUUAUCUGCAUAAGUUUUAUACACGUACCUGUGUGAUUUUAUUAAAGCCGUUUAUUUUUAAACGAGCAAUGUACAAGUAUAAAAAUAUCUAAUAUUUAUGUCAACUGUGUAGGUAAAUAGCGUUUAUAAUAUUUAAAUAAAUUCGAUAGAUUAAUUUAGAAUUCUUGUCAUCAUUAAAAUGACACAUUUUCAGUGUAGGAUUWAUUUGUAUUAAAUAGUGCAAAUUUUAUGAAAUGUCUGUGCAUAACUAAGUUCAAUUGUAUAUAAAAUGUUCRGUUUCAACUUACCCCGUGAGAUGCUUGGGGUUCUAUAUCAUAUGCAGUAUAUUACAUUAUUGGUAAGAAAUGUGGACUUUCUAAGCUAUUUAAAUGUGGGACAGUGGRCGCUUAAAAAAGUAAAUG